UGUCGAUAGUUUUCUUUGCUGGUGUUAUUAUCGAUGGUUUGGGGCUUAAUUGCAUUUUCCAACACUAUUUUAUUAAAUAAAACUUCAAAACAACGCGGUAACUAAAAAUUAUCCAUACUUUUGGAAUAUAUUAGUUUUCUAUUUUGUUUUUAAAGUUAAAGAAGCAUAAUAAAUGCGAGUUCACAGGUCUUAUUAGUCCAGAAAAUUGAUGAUUUGAAUUUUCAAAUUUCUUUCUAAGCUAUCGAUAGUACUAUCGCCGGUUCUUCGCACGUUUAUUUUGUGACCGGCUGAUUGAUAAAGAAAACAAUAAAGCAAACAGGCCAACACGUGAAAUGGAGGCGGGUAUUUGCUAUAUAAAACCGGAAUACCUUCUCCAAGAAGGCAACGAGAGCGGCUUGUCAUUCGACAAAGCAGAAACCAACAAGAGAAAGCGCGAGGAAGGUGAAGCUGAAGGUGGCGCAGCUAAGUCCCGGUGGAAACAAUAAAUGGAACAAAAGGAACGCAAACGGGGUCAGAACAAAAAUCGACCAGUGUUCAAGGAUGAGCGGUAUUCGCAUCUCUGUCACUCUCUAAUUGAUGGAACUGGAGGAGAACCCUGUUCCGUGCCAAAUUGCCGCUAUGUUCAUGAUCUGGAUGCCUUUCUGGCGGCUAAGGGCGAGGACCUUGGCCCUGAGUGCUAUGUUUACACCACAAAAGGCUACUGUGCGCGGGGAGUAAGCUGUCGGUUUGCCAAGAACCACACGGAUGAGCUUGGAAGGAACAUAAGGAAGCAGGAGUACAAUGAAAAUGCUCCCACUACGUGCAAUGGUAUAACCUCAGAACUUCAGGUGCGGCUGCGGAAGCGCGACUACGAUUUUAGCCGAAGCAAGGAGCUCAUCAAGCGGGCAGAGAAACUACGAGAUUCCCGAAAACAAAAAGAGGAGCAGAAAAAUAACAAAGGUGCCUUAGAAGAGCAGCCUAUCCAAACCAACGAGCAGUCAGAACCUACGACGGAUACACAGCCAGAAAGCACUGAUCCAGUCAAUCAGGAUAACAACACCGUUGAUACUGGAACUUCAGCGGGUUGUGUGAUUUAUGACUCCAAUACUGGAAGAGAUGCCGAACAAAAACCAGCCGUUGAUUUCCGCGAUAAACUCCUUUUGUCCCCGUUGACCACUGUAGGGAACUUGCCCUUUCGACGCAUCUGCAAGGAGUUCGGUGCAGAUAUCACUUGCGGCGAGAUGGCCUGCGCUAUGCCCCUGGUUAAGGGCCUAGGUCAGGAGUGGGCUUUGACCAAGCGCCACGAAAGCGAGGACGUAUUUGGUGUGCAAUUGUGCGGAAACAAUCCAAACAUGAUUGCCCAGGCUGCACAGGUCAUUGCAGAGACCGCCCAAGUGAAUUUCAUAGAUCUUAACAUUGGUUGUCCUAUCGAUUUAAUUUACCAGCAAGGUGGAGGUAGCGCAUUGAUGAGGCGCACAAAUACUGAGCUUACUGUUCGCAGUUGUUCGGCCUUGUCAGAUCGUCUGCCCUUCACCGUGAAGAUGCGCACCGGAAUCUAUGCGGACAAAUCGGUAGCACACGAGCUGCUUCCCAUGGUAGAGGAGUGGGGUGCUUCCGCCGUAACCCUCCACGGGCGAUCCAGGGAGCAGCGCUACACUAAGCACGCCAACUGGAGCUACAUUGAGGAGUGCGCUGCCAAAGCCAAACGCAUGCCAGUGAUCGGCAACGGGGACAUUCUUAGCUACGAGGACUACGUGGAGAGGCGAAAGAUGGCUCCUCAUGUCAGCUCAGUGAUGAUUGGACGAGGAGCGCUCAUUAAGCCCUGGAUUUUCCAGGAUAAAGAGCACAAGGCCUGGGAGCCAUCUUCUGGCCAACGUUACGAAUUAUUGCGCAAGUACUGCAACUAUGGACUUGAGCAUUGGGGCUCGGACACCAAAGGUGUGGAGACUACGCGACGAUUUCUCCUCGAGUGGCAGUCGUUCUUGUAUCGCUACAUACCGGAGGCACUGCAGCAAGCUCCUCCGCAAAAGAUCAACGCUCGACCCCAAAAAUACCGUGGACGCGACGAAAUGGAGACCCUUAUGAGUUCCGGUAACGCAGCUGACUGGGUAAAGCUGAGCGAAUCGCUGCUGGGUCGGGUACCCGAAGGCUUUAGUUUCGUGCCAAAGCACAAGGCAAACGCCUUUUAAAUAUUUUCCUUUUACGUUUCAUAAAUAUUAAUAAAAGUAAAAGUAAUUGUUAUAUAGCGUCAGUUAAUUUUAAUUGCCAAACUGUUGGAUUUUGUAUUAUCACUUUAGGAACCUUUUU